CGAGUCUCUGUUGUCCUGGUAACGCGUAAACGGUAAACGGGAAUGGCGAGUUUACUGGGAGAAACUCUGUUUGAGAUCAGUGGACAAGGUCCUGCACCUUUGAAGGACUAUUUCCACUUUGUAAUAACGAAAUCUCAGGUAAUCUGGAGCUGGUGGAAGAUAUCUUUGAGAUCAGACUGCAGGAACACACCACCAGGACAACUAAGAGUUUCACAUGAAGACUUUUUAGAAGAUAGUCGUCUGCAAAAUCAAGUGGCCAUGGUAUUUGGUCAUCACAUCUUGCAGUACUCCAAAAAUUUAUGCCAGGGCCACUAUGAUUAUAUUGUCCGUCUCCCCAGUGCUCUACUUUUCAACAUCAUGGCACAUCUGGACCUUGAAGACAUUUCAGUUGUUUCACGCACCUGCCGUAGGUUUAGAGAGCUUUGUAACUCUGAGGAGUUCUGGGAGCAGACAGUGAGGAAGCAUUGUGACACUGUGACACCAACAGUGGAGGCUUUAGCUGAGGAGGUUGGCUGGAGGACAAUUUUCUUUACCAACAAGCUGCAGCUGCAGAUGCAGAUUAGUCGCCGGAAGCAGAAGGAGAAUCAGCCCUGUGAGGAUAAAAACGAGCCAAGUUCCUCUUCAGUACCUUUGGAGUAAAUGAUUGAAGACUGUUUACAAAGCCUUUUUUUAAAGUCUGAUUAAGACUUUACUUCUCGGAACACAAUUUUUGCUUGCAUUGAAAAUUCACUCUUGCAAACAGUGUGCACACUGACUUUGUUGUUUGUAGAUUUGCUGAAAUCUAAAAGGUUUUUGAGCCAAAGAAUCAGUUCUAGGUGAAAAUACAUAUAUUUAUACUGCAUUUCACAACUUGUAAAACAAACUUAUAAUAGCUUAUUUUCUGGCAUAAUUAUUGCACUCUUUGGGGUUAUUUUAAUACAUAUCCAAAGAUUGAUAUUAUGCCAGCAUGUGUUUUCUCUAUUUUACCAGACAUAACUCCCACAGUUCCAACAGUAAUGUCCUGUGCAGAUGCCAAUUUUUGUGAAAAGUAAACUAAAAUGUAGAAAAAUUUUGAUUAUGUUGUUGCAAGUACAGUCUUUUUUUGUUCGUUAAAACAAUAU